AUGCCUUUUAAACUUUUCGCUAAGAAGGAUAUCAAUUUAUUUCCUCCCUUUUUAACAAAGGGGGAUGGAUGGGUGUUCUCAGUCAGAAGGUUCUAUUUGCAAACAAGCGAAAUUAUUUCUUCUUUCAUAGGACUCAUGAUUUUUGUAAAUUUCAUUUUUUUUUGUGGAAAAUAAGAUGAAGUCGAUAUGAGAUUUAGAAUCAUUAAUUUCAUUCUUAGCUUUGUCAUAACAACUGAUUUUCUAAUUAAAUAUAAAUUUAUUAACAAAUUAUAUUUAAACAGACAUUACUAUGGUAUAAAAAUAUUUAAUUAGGUGUGAGUUUUAUGAUUAUUGAUAUAAUAAGUGGACCUUUAAGUUUAAUUUUAAAUAUUUACUUUUCAAUCGUAAAUGUCGAAGUUGCAAUAACUAUUUCUGAUAUUAUGUUACUUUUGCGUAUAUUUUGUUUAGAAAAAAUAAGGUGAAUCUAUAAUUAAUUUUUAGAUUAUUAAUUAAAGAUGUUUUUUACAUUUUAUAUGUAUCUAGAUACAUUAAUUUUGCAUUACUUCUUACUUAUUAUGUGUAUAGUUAUAUUGCAUACACGAUUUUUUAAGAAGUUAGCCCUAAGUUUUUUAGAAAUAUUUUUAAGUCAAUGUUAUCUAUGUUUUAGGUGUUAACAUUGGAUAGUUGGAAUUUAUAAGUUAAUCAAUCAGUUUCAAAAUAUUAUGGAUAAGCUUGGAGUAUAUUUUUCCUAUUUUUCAUUUUAUUCAUGUUUUUUUAUUUUAUCAAUUUGUUAUUGGGAGCUUUUGUGAGUUAUUACUCGAAUCCUACAUUAAGAAGAAACUUUGAGUAUGAUUUCCAACAUGAUGAUGUACUAAAUUAAGAAUUGAAUUUAGAGUACAGACAUUCAAUAGAAAUAAGAGAUGCUUUAAAAUUAUUGGAUAUGGAUUAAACUCCUUAUCAAUUAAAUCGUAAAUCAUGGGGAUUAAAUGAAUCAGAAGUAUUAAUUUACAUUUACAUCUCAUUAUAAAUAUUAUUUUCUAUGGUGGAAUUAUUUAGUGAUUUAUUUUACAUUGAUUAUGCAUAAAUAGUGAUAGAAUUUAUUUUUGGGUUAUAUUUUUGCCUUUUAUGUUAUCAAAAGAUUAGUUAAUUCAGAUCUUUUAUAAUAGAAUAGAGAAAUUCAUUUGAAGAGAAAAUUUAUGAUGAAACCUAAAUAAGAAACGAAGAAUAUUCAGUUAGAUUGUAUGUAGUAAUAAUUUUAUUGAUUGCAGGUCCAACUGCAACAAUAGUGGAUAUAAUCUCAUUAUUUAUUAAUUAGAACAUUAGAUUUGGGCCAAUGUUGCGAGUUUUUAUAGUACUUGCUAUUCUCUAUGUACAGAAGUUACUAUUUAAAUUUGUUGAAGUAUUACCAGGAGUUAGUCAUAUAAUAAUUUUUGUAGGUGGUUUACUUUUCACAAUGGCAUUGAUUGGACAUUAAUUUAUAAAAAUAGAUGUUGGUUAUCCAUUAUUUAAUUCUCUAACAUAGACAUAUUUAUUUAUGUUGUAAGUAGUGACAUUUGAUAGUUGGGGAGAUGUAGCUAGAAUAGUUAUUCGACAUCAAGCUAUAUAUGUGUUUUACUUUUUAUUUUUGACAAUUUUUGUUGGAUUCUUUUUAAUGAAUAUGUUAGUAGGAGUAAUGGCAACUAUGACUUAACCAAAAACAUAGGAGUUAUUUGAGAAAGAUCAUAUUUUAAGAUAAAGAGUUAAUGAAUUAUAGGUACGAUAAUUAAGUGAACAUAUUUAAUAAGUAAGUUUUAUUUUUAAAAAAUUUAUAGUUCAAAGAAUAGGAAUAGAAUUAACAUAAUUAAUUAAAAUAAAUCUUGGAUGAAUUCAAUUCUUCAAAAAAUACAUAAUCACUUUAUGUGAUAAUUGAUGGUGUGAAAUAUGAAAUAACAUCUAAAAAUUUCAUAUAAUUUUAAGGUGAUUGA